AUGCUGGCACGUCGUCCUGCAACAGCCAGCGAAGUCGUCUCAAGCAGCCUAAACAACGAAGCGCCCCAGCAACUGCCAACACGCAACCAGGAAGAAGAACAAGGACGCGAAACCGCGCGAGAUUACCACGACGAGGAAGACGAGAAGCGUCGCGGUUUAUCCAGCAGUCGGACGUCGUCUUCGUCUCGAUCUUCUUUGCAGGUGAAGAAGGACAAGAACCGAGACUUUAUUAGAGAACUGGAAGAGAAGAAACGUAGAGAAAAACAAGAUCGCGCGCGACAGGAGACACGCAAAAAGAAACUUCAUGAAAAAAUGACGCGCAAACUCCUGGACGGAGCCGACGCUCGACAGAAACAAGCUGCGUUGUCUCCCGAGGUGGGCGAUCUCACUAGCGCAAUUAAGCGGCAACAAGAGCCUCAAGACGAGGAUCAAGACGACGCUGCAGAGGCCGAACGACGCAAGGAAAAGGCGAAGCGUCAGAGACGUUUACUCAAGAGGCAACAGGCGCAUCUAGCUCGACUUCAAGCCAAGCAGCGCGAAGACCAAGCGCAGCAGGAAGUGGAGAAGGAACGCGAAGAACGCAAGCGUGAGAAGGUGACGCAGACGGUUCUGCACAAGAUCCAACACUCCGUCACUCGAGCAGAGGAACACGACGCGAUGGAGACGAAAAGCGACGCUGAUGGGCCGAAGGAAGCGCCGACGAGUAGUGAAAUCGUCGUCGAGGAGCAAACGGAAGCGCAGAAACAACGGGCGAAAGAGCAGCGCGACGCGCUUCACCGAAAGCAGCAGAGAUACCUCCAGCAACUGGCCGAUCAACGCAAACAAAAGGAGAAAGAGGACGACGAUGCGCGGAUCUUGCAGGAGAAACGCAAGCGGAGGAUCCAAAAGGAGGCUCAGCAGCGGUUGCAAGAAGCGGCAGCGAAGCAACAAGCCCUGGCCGAAGUGAGAGAGAAGGAAGAAGCAGAGGCGGCAGCUGCAGCGGCCGAGAAAGCGGCGAACGCGGGCCCGCCGGUGGACGUGGAGGCGAUGGUCGCUCGACUGAGUAAACUGAAGGACCGCGACGCUCAAAUUAUCCCCGAAGCGCGAGAUUUGGCGUCCUGGAAGAAACGUCACGGCGUCGCGCCUGACCAAAAAGUCUUCUGUAUGACUGGGUGGUAUCCAGUGAUAAAGGAAGAACUGGAGAAGCGUGGGUGGUUCUACAACCAGGAUCGGGCGUCGCCGUAUUUCGACUUCAAGUGGACUCUAAAGAGCGAGGAGUUGAGGGGGAUGAAACUCGAGAAACACCAGUACGUGAACCAUUUCACCCAAAACGCAGCCAUCACGACGAAAGUGGGACUUAUUCACAACUUGCGAAGUGCCGUGUGGCAUCACAGCGUGGAUAUCGAUGGGUUCUUCCCUCGUGCGUAUGACCUGAACGACCACAUGGACAUGGAUACAUUCGUUCAGGACUUUCGUUACGGUGUGGCCGAAGGACUCCUGAAACAGUUAGCGAGACGAGGCUUGCAACUUGAGAAUAAGCUGCCAGGAGCUGCGUCGAUGGGAGCAAACGAAGCGUUAGUCGAUGUGGUUCUGGACAUAGCGAGGAAGAAGAUCAAGAGCAAACGACCCGAGUGCAACCAUUUCGAGUCCAUAGGUCAUGUCGAUCCUCUUGAGGAGAGCGUAGAUAACCCGCUGUCGACAGGUGUGGACGAGUUGGUGACAGAUCUGCAAUGGGAAGUGCUGACGAAUUGCUCAUUGGACAAACCGGGUCAGCUUCGGGCCUCAUUAGUGUACAAGAAGAAGGUCUACGCAGAAGACAGAGAUGCAGCUACCGAAGGGAACAGCGGUGACACAGUGGUGUCGGCAAGAGAAAAGAGACUGCUACGAUACGCGGAGAAGAAGCACGUGGACGCAUUCAAUCGGGAGAAAGCUCGGCUCAGCGAUCUCAUAGCGCACGUGUCACUUGUACGCGAUGGGGCUUUUCACGAAGCAAUCCGACUGGCGCAGGUGCUGGAGAAAUUGUGUCCUCAGUUCUAUAUCAACGGUGGGGCGGAGUUCAUGCUGUCGGAGCCUCAUCCUGCCGCUAGUACGAGUACCGGCCAGAAUGUGUGGAUUGUCAAGCCCGCAGGAAUGUCAAGAGGACGUGGCAUCCGCGUCUUCAACGACCUGGACCAGCUGCUGGAAUGCGUCGAUGUGGACAACCACAAAGAGUGUCAAUGGGUGGCGCAGAAGUACAUCGAGAACCCGUUGCUGCUGUGUAAACGCAAGUUCGAUAUUCGACAGUGGGUGCUCGUCACGGGAUGGGACCCGCUCACUGUUUGGCUCAAUGAAGACUGCUAUCUACGCUUCUCGUCAGCGGAAUACUCGAUGGACAACCUGGACGACCAGUACGUACACUUGACCAACAACUCGAUCCAGAAAUACAGCGACAGAUUCAACGACGUGUACACGACGGACGAUGGCGAGAUGCAGGUGGAGGGCAAUAUGUGGCACUCGGACGACUUUAAGAAGUUCUUGUCGACGAAGUUGGGGAAACCCGAGAUCUGGGACUCGCACAUGCACCCACGCAUGAAGGAGAUCGUCGUACAGUCGCUGCAGUGCGUGCAAGACAUGGUCAACCAUCGCAACAACAGCUGCGAGCUGUACGGAUACGACUUCAUGGUGGACGAGAAUCUGACGCCGUGGCUGAUCGAGGUCAACAGCUCGCCGGCCUGCGACUACAGCACGCCUAUCGCUCAGCGCUACGUGGAGUCUGGCUUAUCCAGUAUCAUCAAAGUGGUGGUCGACCAUCGAGAGUACGAACAGAAAAAGCGGAGUGGCGAUGCUGCUGGGCUGGAGGAGCCAGACACGGGCUGCUGGCAACGUAUUCACAAGGCCGAGCUCGUUGGCAAACCCAUGUCGCUGCAUGCGGUGGAUUUCCAAGUGAAGGGUGCGAAGAUGCAGCGCCGUCGUCGAAGUGCCAAGCUGUACGGAAGUAAAUCUAGCACAAAAAAAUCUGCAGACGCCAUCUCGGAGGGUGGCGACGCAGACAGCGAUGUGGACGCGGCUGUGACGGGGGCUGUUCGGGAAGAGGAAGAUCUCGACGGAGACGACGAGGAUGUGGCUCAAGAGAAAGAAGAAAGUGUCGGUCAAGAGGAAGAAAACUCGCGAUCAGAGGGCAAUGUGGACAAUGCUCGGGGCGAACUCAAGACACAAGAGGCCAGGGAGACACUGGCGGACGAUAUUGACCCGCUAUUGUAG